UAAAUAAUCUACGCUAAAUGUGCUCUCAAUGCGCCUAAGCAUUCUGCUUUGUACUGUCGCACUGAUUCUCGCCUUACAGGCAGAACUCACUCAACAGCUGUCCAUUAUGUUGGGCAAACUCACCCACGACAACCAGGAUGUGGACGACAAUAUUGAUGAUUAUUCGAAGCGUCAAGGCCAGUACGACAUGAAGAGCUGGGAUGAAGCGGGGGACGAGGCGUUUCAAGGCAGCAGCCCAUGCGACUCAGUGCCACAACCCAUGUGCAGCAGCACCACCUGUAUGCCGCCAUAUCCCACCACUGCUAGUUGCAAUCCGUUGGAGCCAGCAAAUCAGAAUGUAGGCAUGCAGCAGCCACAGCAGCAGCAGCAGCAGCAGCAGCAACAACAACAGCAACAAUAUCAACAGCAGCAACAGCAAUAUCCUCAGCAGCAACAAUAUCCUUCUGGGGCCGAUGACUCUGAGACACGGGGCAAGGAGCUGCGCACAUUGGUGCAACAUUUGUAUGUGGCACAGGCACGGGUUCAGCUCGAGGCCACGGAAAUACACAAAGCGCAGGCAGUGGCCACAUCAGCACAGUCACUGCUCGAGGAUUCGGCGAAUCAUGUGCGCAUCAUUACCGCCACUCUGCACAAUGCACAGCAGGAAGUCGCUGCUGCUGCUAUACGGGCACAAAUAGCUCAACUGCAGCUGGCGGCGCAUGAUCAGCUGUUGUUUGCUGCUCGGCAGGAUGUGGACGCACUGUCCUCCCAGGUGGUUGGGUUGCAGGCAGCAGAGGGCAUUGUGCAGCCCAAAUUGACGGUGGAUCUGCAUGCCCUGCUAGAGAAGCUGCGACAGCCGCUUCAACACUUUGACCGACCCACGCCGGUGCCGAUGAUUAUCACCUUGCCGCCGGGGCCGGCUGGAUUAGACGAUGUGACUGAGGGUAGUAACAAUAAGGGCCUCUUCAAAGAGGAGCAACAUGAGCCUGCCACACUCCAUAUGGACUACACUUAAUACUCACUUCUGAAUUGUGCGCUACAUAUAUUUUUUAUGAUUCUAUCCGUUCUAUAU